CUUUGGGUUAUUCGACAAAAAAAUUUGGGAGAUUCAAGAUUGUUUAGUGUUGUCGUUUACAGUUUACUGCAUAUUAUAAAGGAUUUACUGUUUGUUAAAUGUGAAUCAUGAAACCAACAUUCAUUGUUGUUUAAUAAACGUUUUUCAAUGUGAUUUGUUUGUCAUUUUUAUAUUAUACUAAGUAAUUUUAAUAUCACAUUAUUUCUAUUUUGUAAUUGUCAAACAACAUCAGUCAACUAUGGGAAUGAAUUACGAAAGAAUGUUGACUAGGGGCGCUCUAAAGAAAAUUAUGAAUGGUGAAGAAAUCAAAGACCCAGUCAUGCAAAUUUUGGGCACUAGGAAGAUUGCAGGGUCAGGUGCUAAUGAUAGAUACCGUUUACUUAUUUCUGAUGGACAAAAUCUUAAUUCAUUUGCUAUGUUGGCCUCUCAGCUGAACGAAAUGGUACCAUCUGGGGAACUUACAGAAUUUGCUAUUAUUCAGAUUAAACGUCACAUAAUCAGUAAUGUUACCGAUCGUGGCAAAGGUAGUAAACAAGUUAUGAUACUUUUAGACGUAGCAGUUAUGGUUCGAGGUGACGUUGUUGGUGUGAAAAUUGGUGAUCCUAAACCAAUUUCUGAAAGUUCUGGACAAGACUCAGUACCAAAUGGUAGUUCAGCUGUGUCUGAUGCUUCAGUAGCCAAUAAAAAAGUUUCGCCUAUUAAACCCCCUCAAGCAGUACAUUCUAGCGGAAUGAAUAAUGGACUCCAAAAAGAUAUCGAUACGAGCAAUAUUCAUCCUAUAAAUUCCUUAAGUCCUUACCAAAAUAAGUGGACCAUUAGGGCAAGAGUUAUGAGUAAAUCCGCUAUUCGUACUUGGACCAAUCAAAGAGGCGAUGGAAAGCUUUUCAGUAUGGACUUGGUUGAUGAACAAGGGGAAAUACGUGCUACUGCUUUUAAUAAUGAAUGUGAUAAAUUCUAUGAUAUGGUUGAAGUAAACAAAGUGUACUUUAUAACGAGGGGUGUUGUUAAAACAGCUAAUAAAAAAUAUACCAACUUAAAUAAUGAUUAUGAACUGACAUUAUCAGGAGAAACCCAAAUUUAUCCUUGUCAUGAUUUUGAUGAUUCUCAAAUGCCUGCUAUGAAAUUCAAUUUUGUUCCAUUAAAUUUAGUUAAAGAUUAUGAUGUUGAUAGUAUGGUAGAUAUUGUAGGAGUCUGCCAACAUUCUACCGAUAUGGUUAAUUUAGUAUCUAAAACUACAAAAAAGGAAUUGAAAAAAAGAGAUAUAACUUUGGUUGAUCAGUCUUUGAGCUCUGUGACUGUUACACUUUGGGACAAUCUGGCUGAAGAUUUUGAUGGUUCACUACAGCCCGUUAUUGCAAUAAAAGGAAGCAAGAUUCGCGAGUUCAUGGGAAGUAAGUCGCUAUCUCUUAUGGGAUCAACAAUCAUGCAGGUUAACCCAGAUAUUGAAGAUGCCCAUCGCUUAAGAGGUUGGUUUGAUGCACUUCCGUCAACAGUAGAAUUUAAUAGCAUUUCUGCUCGUUCAGAAAGUGGAUCUAAUUCUCAAUUCCAUACUAUUAAAAGUUCUCAAUUGGCUCAACUUGGUGGUGGGGACAAAGCUGAUUAUUUCAGUAUGUAUGCUUAUUUGGUCUUUGUUAAAAGUGAUUCGGCUCUUUACAAAGCUUGCCCAAAACCAGAUUGUCAGAAAAAAGUUAUAGAUAAAAAUGAUGGAACAUACAGAUGUGAAAAAUGUAAUGAUGAAUCUGAAAACUUCAAAUAUAGACUUCUUCUUUCUGCACAGCUUUGUGAUACAACUGGGAGUCAAUGGGUCACUAUGUUCCAAGAAGCAGGUGAAGGUCUUCUAGGUGUUACUACUUCAGAAAUAGGAAAACUAUAUGAAGAUAGUAAGGAAGAUUACAGUGAUAUUUUCCAAAAACAGAUGUUCAAAAUGUUUGAAACUAGGGUUCGAGCAAAAAUGGAAACAUACAACAAUGAAACUCGACUGAAAGUAUCAGUGAUGAAUAUGAAACCUGUAGAUUAUAAAGUGGCUUCAUCAAAAUUAAUUGCAGAUAUCAAGAGAUUGAGUGGAAUUGGUUCUUCUGUUAUGUAAUCAGUUUAUUGUAUUUUUUUUACACUGUAUUUUUUAUUUUAAAUUAAAAUUAUAAAAAGAAUAAAACUCACAUUUAUUUAUA